AUGACCACGCCGCCCCUGCCGCCCCCCCUCGCCGCCUACCCGGCCGCGCCGGCAGCCCUACCCGGCCAGGGCGUGCCUGCUCCGCCCCCGGCCUCACCGCCACCGCCGCCGUGGGCGUCAUGGCAGCCGGCCCCCAGCGCGGGCCCUGCCUCGCUGCCCCAGGGCGUGCCCAUCCAGAGGCCCCCGCCCGUCUACUCGGCCGCACCGGCGCCUUCCCCCGUCUACACCACCGCCGGGGUCCCUCCACGCCCGUCCUUCCCGGACCCGCCGCACGCACGCUUCGCCGAGCCGUCCGCUGGUCGCGCGGAGUACCCCGCCCAGGGCGCCACCGGCCUCGCUCCCCCACGCUACGCCAAGCUGGAAUUCGCCACGUAUGAUGGCGUCGAGGACCCCCUCAACUGGCUCAGCCAGUGCGAGCAGUUCUUCCGGGGACAGCGUACCCUGGCUUCGGACCGGACGUGGCUCGCCUCGUACCACCUCCGCGGCGCCGCCCAGACGUGGUACUACUCCCUGGAGCAGGACGAUGGUGGCAUGCCUCCAUGGGACCGGUUCCGUGAGCUCUGCCUUCUCCGCUUCGGCCCUCCAAUCCGCGGCAGCCGCUUGGCGGAACUUGGGCGUUUGGCGUUCACCACCACGGUGCAGGACUUCGCCGACCGCUUCCAGGCCCUCGCCUGCCAUGCGCCCGGCAUGACGGGCCAACAGCGCGCUGAACUCUUCAUUGGCGGCCUCCCGGACCACAUCCGCGCGGAUACAGUCGACGUGGAGGAGGGCGAACCGACGACCGGGCCGGUUGCCGCGGCGCCGGAGACGGCCGGGCCGACCGACGCGGCUGCCACGGCUUUCGUCGUGUCUCUACACGCGCUCGCCGGCAUCCGCCACGAGCGGACGAUGCUGCUUCCGGUCACUAUCCAGGGCGAGCCUCUGGUGGCGCUACUGGACACGGGGUCUACGCAUAACUUUCUCCCCGCCGCCACUAUGUGCCGCCUCGCGCUACAGCCGACAGGUGGGGAUAUCCUCCGUGUGACCGUGGCCAACGGUGACCGCCUCCACUGA